UGACGUCACCGGCGCACGGCCAUUGGGCGAGCUGGUGUGUUGUACAUUAAAAAGAAACACGGAGAUACUACAAAAACCUCUGCCACGGCUGCAUGAGGCCGACCAAAGACACGCUCACCUUCUCCACCUGAUGCCAUAAACAUUUCGGAUGUCACAAUGGCUGCAAAGUUCACCAUUUCAGACAGUGAGUCAGAGCCUUCGGAGGAGGUAGGAGAAGAAGAAAACCAGCCCCCAGCAGGUGGAGAAGAGGAGCAGGUCCUGCAGCGCCACCGGCUCACCUUACCUGACCUCAGACCUGCAGUGAACGGUCGGAUCAGGCUGAACUCCGAAUCCAUCGUUUCCACCGUUUCCAGAGACGAGGAGCUCCAAGCCAGGGGGGAGGAGGAGGCUGGAACCCCCACGGAUGGAUUCCCGUUCAGGGGGCGAUCUAAGUCUGCUCCUCCAGCCCUGUGGGCUGCCAAGAAGUACGGCCAGCAGCUUCGCAGGAUGAGCGAUGAGUUUGACAGCCUGCUUGAUAAAGGGGAGAUGAGGAAGGUGAGGAGCGCCGCGGGGGCCAAUCAGAUGCACCACUCCAGAAGUUGGUGGAACUACCUCUUCAGUCACCAGGAGAUGGAGGGAGAGAACAACCACCACGAAAACCACACCAACCGCACUGAGUAGGGAGAGGAAAUAAGAGUUUUACCAAGUCUAUCUUUUUGGGGGCGGAUAGAUCAAAACGAAAGAUGGCGCGUCACAAAACAAUGUGACUCACGACAGGGGAAAAAAAAAAAAGGUUUGCUUGAUCAAAUAUGAAAGAGAACAUGAAGAAGUGGCUGAAAGGGACACUUAAGUUCACUGUCAGUGAGACCUCGCCCUGUCGUUUUCAUGUCAAUGCUCAUAACAACCUUUGAAUAUUUUUUAUAUACAUCUAUAUUUGUGUUGACUGUGAAUUUAAAAAACAAACAGUUGGGCAGUCUGCUGUGUAAUGAAUAAAGUCAGAGAGCCACGAGGUUUGACUCGCUGCCCAAAUCUAAUGAAACAGAUGAAAAGGAGAGUUGAUAUCCUGAAAUACUCAAACACUUGCAGGUCAAUCGUCUCUCGUGUUGACAUGAUGCAAUAUAUGACUGAUGGAGAGAUAAAUGUGCUGAAAUCUAAAAAUCCAAAUAUCUAAGGCCACUUGCAAUGCUGCUAAACAGGUUUUCCAUCCUGUGGUUUCCUCUGAAUGCUUGUCUCUGACUUGCACAAGCUCCUGACGAUCAUUUUAUGGCAAAAAAAUAGAUAAAUAUCAGCAGGCAACAUAGGAAACGUAUAAAAAGGACAGCUUCUGUAAAGCAUUCAGCUUGUGCGUUUUAUUCAGCUUACAAGUCAGUACCACUUUUUUUUUUUUUUUUACGUACCGGUACUCGACUAUCAGUAAUUGCUUUUAUCGGUGCAAAUUUAUCCAAAAAAAAAAAAAAAAAAACAAUCUUGUUCUAGGACAAUCGAUGAUGAUGCACAAAUGCUUUUGAAAAACUUCAGGGUUAGAUUAUAGUCGAUGAUAUUAAACAUACAUUUCAAAGCACAAACCAAUCUAUCUUUUUAAAGCCUUGGAGAAGCAAAAAAGAAAAAGGAAUUUUUAUCUGUAAAUAUAUUGUGAAUAUUUUAUUAAAUUGCGAGGGUUGGGGGUUAUAAGCCCGGUGAUUUAACCAGAAUUUUAUUCAGGAGGUUACCAUUCUACUCAAUAAGUUUGGCUAACUUGGCAAUAGGCUGUGUACAAUCCAUAGCUGUUGUGAUGUAUGUUCUGUGCAUAUUUAAAGGGGCCAGGGACGAAUUAACUGCUGUUUAACACUAUUCUUCGCUUCAUUUGCUCACGGGACGAGUUUUGAGGGUCCAGUCAAAUCUAAACACAAGCUUAAGGGAUUUAAAGACUUUGUUUUUUGUAUUCAAACUAUCAAUUUGUUCAGAAACUUCCGCUUCCCAUCCUGCUGGGUUUAUGAAAUAAUUCCUCUAAAUGUGGGUUGUUCAAUCUCAUCUCCAUGGCGAUGUGAAUCAAAUGUCUAAUCUGUGAAGCCUCGGCUGUAGGAGUGUUGGUCUGACACUGGUUUUGAUAGUGUACGUGUUGUAUUCAGGUUUUUCGAGGAAGACUUGGCACAUACCAUUUAUGGAAGUUGUUAUUAUGAAGAUCAACAUUUUUAAUGGAGUUUGGUUAAAGAAAAGAAAAAAAGAUGAGGCUCGUUGUGACUUGUCUAUAAAUGUGAUUAUUGGAAAUGGUUAUAGGUUUGUUCUGCUUGUGUCUUAUUGUCUUCCUCUCGACGUGUGGGGUUGAGUUGUGAAGCGCUCGGGGUCUGCAGGCUGAAGGGCUGCAUCACUGUUGUCUAUAUUGGCAUUUAAUGCUCGGGUUAGGUUUUUUAUAGCUUUGCCUAAACUUGGCUUUUUAUCAGAGAACUCCAGACAAUCUGAACGGUGCCUCUUUUUCUUUUUUUCCAUCAAAAUUUAACUGAUUUGUUUUUUUUGUAAUUAUUUUAUAGCAUAAUUUUACUGUUUUUUGAACAAAAAAACUUGAUAUAAGAUACAGUUAUCCACUUUUCAACUCGUCACUUCUAAGAUACCCUCACUUGUACUUUGACACACGUUAAAAACAAGGAAUCAGCUAGUGGAGAAGAUCUGUUCAGUCUUGAGAACGUCACUCUAGACGCGUGUCUAGAUAUUUAAGAGUAUAAUCACUUAACAAACUGCCUUUAAAAACUUUUAAAACUGUGAUGUGACCCAUAACAGACCUUCUCCAUUUAUCCUAUCACCGCCUUAAUCUCUACUGCUCGCUGUCACACAUUACACUCAAGACCAGCACAAUACAUGUGGAGGUGUAUUUGCUGUCACUACUGUGAGGGGACACUCAUUUAGGAGAACUGUUGUUGAAUUUGUAACAUUUGUGGAAAUUAACACUUUCUCAGAGCUACCAAUUUGCAUGUGCACCUGGAGUUUUGCAACGAUCCUUAGUAUUACUUGAAUACUUGAUGUGGGGGGGGGGUGAAUUUUAUUAUCUCUCUUUUUUUGUUGAAUACUUUUCUGGUUUUUAAUGACUUUUUUUAAAUGUAUUUUCUCUACAAUUGUUAAAUCUGCUAUAUGCUGUCAUGAAUAAAUGAUUUUAAGAGUG